UUGAUACGAAUUUAUAAAGAAAAAUGGAAAGAUGGAAAAAAUGUCUAACCACAACAAACCAUCACCUCAUUUUCCUUCUUCAUUACUACUCUCAGUCCUCAGUUACCUUUUUAAUUUAUCCCAUCCACUCUCUCUCACGCACUCACGCACACACACAAAUCGUGUAUCUAUCUCCUCCACAAUUUUCUUCCCCUCCUCAUCUCCUCGUCCUCCACUGCUCUGCAAAAUCACCAUACCCAAAAACACACUCCUUGUUCUACAAUACCAAGAAUCAAGAAUCCCCAUUUUUACAGAACAUAGAUCUCUCUUUCGGCUAUCUAUAAUUUCUGUAUUUACCAGAUCUUGCAGAAAAAGCAGACAUCCGAAAAAAUAUCGUACAUACACAUAGGGGUAUAGAAGAAUUUGGGGUCUGAAGAUGGGUUCUUUGAAGUUAGAUCUAUAUAGCAGAAUCCACCCGGAACCGAUCGAUCACUUUGAUGUGCUUCCGGAUUCUAUUCUGCUCUUGAUCUUUAACAAAAUUGGUGAUGUCAAGGCCUUGGGUCGAUGCUGCGUCGUUUCGAGGAGGUUCCACUCUCUGGUUCCUCAGGUCGAAAACGUAGUCGUUCGGGUUGAUUGUGUCAUCUCCGAUGAUGAUUCUUCCUCGUCAGGAAUCUCUGCCGCGUCCUCGGUGUCGGCGGCGGACAAGUCUCGCCAUCCCAUCUCAUCCCUUUGUCGACUUUUCUUUUCAAGCCUCUUUAAGCCCUUUCAGUCACUUACCCAACUGAUUGCUCCCUCCUCACGCCGCCCCAUCGUUUCUAAUUCGGAAGAUUUCUAUGAUAUAGACCAGAACAGCGUGACCCAUCAUUCUCCUACCCAAGUCUUGAAGAAUUUUGAUGAAAUUAAGCUUCUGAGAAUUGAGUUACCGCGUGGGGAGCUUGAAAUUGAUGAGGGAAUUUUGCUUAAAUGGAAGGCCGACUUCGGGUCCACGCUUGACAAUUGUGUUAUUCUUGGAGCCUCCAGUGUCUUUCAGACCACGAAUACUGAUGAGUGUUCCAGUGUUUGUAACGUUGAUAGUAAUGGAGCAGAGAGCGAUAAUGGGAGCAUACCCGAAUCAUUUUACACAAAUGGGGGCUUGAAAAUGCGUGUUGUGUGGACAAUUAGCUCAUUGAUAGCUGCCUCUGCUAGGCAUUACCUGCUCCAGCCAAUAAUAGCAGAGCACAAGACGUUGGAGAGCUUGGUAUUGACGGAUGCUGAUGGACAAGGGGUGUUGACGAUGAAUGAAGUGCAGUUGGAGGAGCUGAGGGUGAAGCCUCUAUCUGCCUCAACGGCUUCCAAGAGGACUCUGGUGCCGGCUUUGAGUAUGCGGUUGUGGUAUGCAGCACAUUUGGAGUUGCCAAAUGGGACUGUGUUGAAAGGGGCGACCUUGGUGGCGAUCAGACCCAGCGAGCAGCCGAAGAAGGAGGUUUUGGAGUCAGAAGCCAAUUGGGUUGCCUCGGCAUUUGAGGAGCCAUUUGGAACUGCUGCAAGGAUGCUGGUGAAAAGGAGGACUUACUGUCUGGAAAUGAACUCAUUUUGAGAUGGAAUUCCAAAUACAUGUUUGAGCUUUCAGGGAAAACACAGCUUUCCGAGGAGGAUUCAUAUGCCGGGUAUACACAAUUUUGUUUUAAGCACUGUGUACCAUAGACGAAUAGCUAGUCAAGCUUACUCAUGCUUCUACCAUGUAUGAAAAGCCAGCUUUUGAUUGAAAAUGAGCCACGGAACAAUCCACCUACACGGUCUAGCUGUUUUUAGUUAGGCAUUUGCUUUUAUUUUAGUUUGAGGCAUAUGCUUUUAUGGGCGCACGAAAUGCUUAUGGAUUGAUGUUGAGCUUUGUGCCUUAGACUUAUUACUCGUCUACUUUACUAAUUUUCUCGUUCUGUGAAUAUUAUAGGGAUGAAUACUGUAUGCUUAUGUAAUGUUCAUUCAAGGUUCAUUGAGCAGUGAAUCUGUCAAUUAUCUUGAACUGUUGGCAGUAUUGUUAAUGUACCUAAUUAAUUUGAAAAUAUAUGUGAGUUGUUUCCAGCUA